AUGAAAUGCCUCGUGGUUGGGCUUCAAGACCGAGGCAGCUCAGAUGGACCAGGACCCAGUCGUAGUAGCGGUACCAUCCCUUCAACCAGGCCUAUUCCUCCUUUCGAGACAUCAAAUUCUGCCACAGGACACCUCUUCCUACUUCUCGCUCUGCCCAUAGAGAUUCGCAACCUGAUCUAUCGCAACGUGGUUCACGAGGCAACGGUCAAGAAUGUCGCACCCGGCACGGAAUUCCGACUCUCUACGUACGGUGCGCUUCUGGCUUGCUGCAGACAGGUCCGCACCGAGUUCUUCCCCUUGUUCCUUGAGGCGGCUCGGAUCGACUUCUCUAGCAAAAUCGACAAAACCACGGCCAUCGUUCGGGUACCGGGCCUCCAGCUCAGUGCGGUUCAGCACGCUAGGCUAGACGGCCAUGCCUUUGGAGGGGCAGGAGGUAUGAACCUGCUGAAAGCAAUGCCAAACCUCAAGUCCCUUAUAUAUACGGUCGGUGGUUACGGUGUCUACUUCCUGGAAAACACCACGUACGAGAAACGCCAGGCGGCUUCAAUUCCUGGACCCUAG